GGGUACAUUGGAAAAAUGGGUUCAGAGGGAGUGAGAGAGAUGCAGCGAAGAAGUGAAUGGAGGGAGGAAGAAGGAGGCGUUGAAGUAGAAGAAUCAAUCAUAUCUGCAUCUGAUCAGAGGACUCUGUAUUUGGUUAAUAUCUUCAUUGUGCAAACGGCUCGAUUUCUGAAUAGGUUCUCAUUUCUAUGUGAAGAUAAACUAUCAACCUUUCAUAGGAGGAUAUCGCGAUUGGAUGCGUCUCUGACGCUGCUUGAGACACAGUUGAGGAGCAUUAUUGAAGACGAAGAAGGAAAAGAAUCUUCUGCCAGUUGCACUCCAUUUUAUGUGUUACUCCCUCACAUGAGAGCUGUAGAUUGUCAGCUUUACCCGAUAACCUUCAGUAGUACAUCUGCAGCAUGUGGUGACAUUUCGUGCAUUUAUAGGAUUGGCACCUGAACAAAACAGUCCACAAUGGGUUGGCAUCUCUCAAGUGAGCUACUUACUUAUGGACGAUUGUGACAUUUGAAUUUGUCUCAGAAACCAUGUGAUGUAUCAGAUGUGUAGUGUGUGGUGAUCACAAAUGUUUAUACUGAUCAGAACUUCAGGCUGUAACUUUUUCUGUUAUAGAUUUUGGGUAUUUGUAUAUGUGAAAAAAAAGAGGUAAUUUGGUGAGAAUCACCUUAUCAAUAGAUUGACUGUCUUUCUCUCAGAA